UGUGGUGUAUAGGCUUUGAUGGAAAGCAAGACGUUACAUUAGUUGAGAGUUUUGGUUGUAGAAAAAGUAAAAAAAAAAAACACUAUAGUAUUGUCUCGUAUCCAGGAAACAUAUACAUCGAUCAUGUAGUUCCUGAAAGUAGUAAAGCUGCUAAAAAAACAAAGGAGUUAAUGUCAGUUAUUAUAGAGACAGACUCCGUAGAAAACAUUAAAGGUGUUGUGUGUGAUGGCACAAAUAAUAAUACAGAUAAAGGCAACGGAAUCAUAAGAAAAUUAGAGGAGAAGUUAGGUAGACUAAUACAGUGGUUGGUAUGCCUUCUACACUGUAACGAGCUGCCAUUUAGAAGGUUUUUUGCAGGCGUGGAUUUUUCUCAAACUACAGGACCUUCCACAUUGACAGAUUACCUUAUUGGUAAUAAUCCUACUCCAUUAUUGAAGGGAAAUUACAUUGCACUGAUACCAAAUAUGGCUAGAGAAUAUUCAGUUUCAUUUGAAGUUUACCUUAAUAAAUUUGUAAAUGGUUGGCAUAGUGUCAUUCUAAUUUAUAAUGGUUCAAAUAUUGAAGAAUAUAGUGAUAGAGUUCUCGGUGUUUGGUUGCAUGUAGCAAAUGGUCAAGGAAAGCUCUAUAUUUCACCUCAAAUAGUUGGUAAUUGUUGUGAAGGGUUUUUUUCCAAUUCCAUUGCUUUACACAUUUGGUCAAAUAUUAGCAUUAGUCAAGUUUUAAAUGGAUUUGUUUAUAAUUACACAAUCAAAAUAAACGAUGAAAUUGUUUAUUCUGAAAUUAAACAAAUUGUUUAUUCUUGGCAAAAUGUCAAAGUUUAUGCUUCUGCUCCAUUAUAUGAACCUGCAAAUUGCUUAAUCAAAAGUUUAUAUAUUUCUACUGGAGAAAACGAUACAAUACAAUCUGUUGUUAUUCCACCACCAGGUUAUAGUUUUCACAAUAUGUUGACUUACUUUAUGCGUCAUUGGGAAUUUUCUAAUUUGGGUCAAAUUAAUUAUAUUUAUGAAUGUUUUGAUAUAUGCAAAGCCCCAAAAGGUUAUUGGUAUGUGAAUGAUAAUAUGAUUUUAAUAGAUGCUUCAUUCAAUUUUGUUAAUGUUGUAUUAUCCGGGUUUGGUUAUACCCUUGAAGAGUGCACAUUUUGUUUUACAAUUUUUGAUGGUAUGUUUAAUUAUGAAACUAUCCUUGACGUUAAUCUAUUUAAUAAUGUUUGGCAUUCUUUUAAAGAAACUUUUAAAAUGGAAAAUGGUGACAACUUUAAAGUUGUAAGAUUAGAUUCUGGUAGUUGUGAAAAUAUUUAUUUGAAUUCAGUUGAUGUAUCUUUUAAAGAUAUCAAUGAAUGCACUAACUUAAACCCUCCGUGUUCUUGGAGUCAUGGAGUAUGCAAAAAUACAUUUGGUAGUUAUUUGUGUUUGUGUGAAGUUGGAUGGAUGUUGGAUAAAAACAGUUGUAUAGAUACUAAUGAGUGCUUACAAAAACCAUGUUUUUGGAGCAAUGGAGAAUGUGUAAACUCUAUUGGCAGUUAUUAUUGCACAUGUGCAAGAGGAUGGAUAAUCAGUCAAUAUAAUAAUAGCUGUGUUGAUGUUGAUGAGUGUACAACAGGGUCGACGUUAUGUUCUUGGGGUAAAGGAGAAUGUCAAAAUACAAACGGAAGUUAUUUGUGCUUGUAUCCAAGACAACGUCAAGAUAACAAUAUAUUUGUUUAUCCUUUGGUUGAAACUAUUACCUCAAUAUCAAAUGGAUAUUUUGUUGCUCUGAUAACAACGCUAAAUAAAGAGUUUUUAAUAACAUUUAAUUUUUUUCCAAACAAGUUUGAUGGUAGUAGAAGUGUUAUUUGUUUUUCUUUGGAGUUUGAAGCGUGUAAAUUGUCAGUACUUACUAUUACAGUUGAUCCAGAAGGUUUAUUAGUUUUUGAUAAAAGUGGUAAAGAUCAUUUUAACACAUUCAAAUACCCUAUAACAUUAAAUAUGUGGUCAAACAUUGAAGUCAGUCAAAUAUCGACAAUUAAUAAAUUUGAAUAUAACUAUAUUAUCAAAAUAAAUAAAAAUGUUGUAUUUUUCACUACAAUAAAAGACGAAUAUCAGUAUGAUGAUAUCAAAGUUUAUGCUUCAGAUACAUUUUACAAAGCUCAAGAUUCCUCUAUAGAAAAAUUUUAUUUUAUAAAUGGAAAAUCAGAAAACGAAUCCUAUCCGGUUAUUCUUACUCCUAAAGGUAUGAAUUUUAGUAACAUUUGGACUCGCAAUGGGCAUCAAUGGAGUAUCUCGCCGUUUAGAAAAGAACUAGGUAAAAAGAUAGACAAUAACCAAACACCAUUAGGUAUGUUGCUAAUAGAAUAAAUUUUAUUUUUAUUGUUUAUGAUAAUGUUAUCCAGAACUUUUAACUGCAGUGGGACAGAAAAAAGAAAUAUUUAUGCCUCGCUCCAUCCCGUCGGCGAUAGAUUACUUCGACUUGUAAAAAAUAAAAUUAUUAUUUUAAAAAAUAUCUAAAAAUAUUAAAAAGCCACGUUAAAAAAUAUCUGCACAGAGAUGUACAUUUUGUGUCUUGAUUUAUAUGUAGUUUUUUCUUAAUAUAAUUAUGAAGUUAGUAACUUUUUUGAUGAAAAACAUUUUUCGAUAUUAAUAAUUUUAUUAAAAAAAUAACCAAUUUUUUAGUUUAAAAUAUGAAACAAGAAAAAAUAAAGGGAAUGCAAUCAUAUCUUGAAGAUUAGAAAACGGUAAUCACUUUGUGGCGGUGUGUGUGACAAUUACUGUCUUUUUCUAGGUUAUUCAUCUCACUGUGUAGGAGAAAGCGUUGUUCUCGUCCUUUUCUACUUUUUUUAACACUUCUAGACAUCAAUAAUAAUUAAAAUUGUACAAAUAUAGCUCAUAAUUAAAUAAUUUUACUUUCAUUUUUCAAGAUGUCUCAAUAACGGCAUUUCGCAAACUGUCAUA